GGCAUAUUGGGCUUCUUGCUCUCUCCAAGCUUGCGGCACGGAUUUGUUCCCCGCGAAUAGCACUGCUUCUUUGUGAACAGCAUACCAGCAAAGUAGGCUCUUGUGCCGUCCUAAACAAAGUGCCAGAAGAUGUCCAUGGCUCUGAGCCCCACGCCGGUGACCAUCACCGCCGGGCCAAACGUCCCUGCGUCUUCUCCAGCCCUACGGUUUCACUUCAACACUGCUUUUGUCACCAGCCUGACUGGCAUUCUUACCGCGUCCGAAAUGAUACUGUCGAUCAUCGUCUACGCCUUGUCCGUGUCUUCGGCUGGAGGCAUUUCCUCUCUGCAUCUCCUGAUGGCGCUUAGCUUCAGCUACUGGUUGCAGUGUUUUUUCUUCCUACUGUCGGAGAGUACGUCGACGAAGCCUGUCCUGCCCGCGACGACCUAUUUUCUUACAUUCCACGCCCUCGGAUCUCUUCUCUACAUCUUCGUUUCCAUCGCCCACCUGGCCAGCUUCAACUCUUCUGGUACCAUCGCCGCAGUUUCGAUAGCGGGACAGGUUUUUGCCAUUCCUGUUUCCAACGCCGACGUGGUGAACGCAGCUGGGGCAAUGGGACUUAUCGCAGGAGCUGCGCACCUCUUCCACGUUGCAUUAAUAGUCAGGAAAAUGAUUUCGUAGGCAUGGACUAUACUCUAAGAGCACUUGGAAUUCUUGUCACCGCAACAUAUAAGCCAGUUUUUGCUUGCAGGCCUUGCCAAGGGGACGGCUUUGUGGUUGUGACGUCGGUUCCACGCCUUUAUAGCCGUACUUGUUUAACCAACGGAGAUGGACGUUUGUGUGGUGAGCUGUUGGAGCAACUCUUGGUCGUAAAAACAACAUUAGGGAAGACGAUAUUAAUUUUCUUCUUCUCCCUUGCUUAAAACGGCCUGUGCGCAUACACCCGGAAACACAGGUUUUCAGGCUGUGCAAAGUCCUAUUCUGAUAUUGGCGGGUGAAAACUGCACAGCGUCACGCUUCGACAUGUUGUCUGCUGUAGCCAUUAAAAGCAGCCACGCGCCAGAAAAAGUGUCCCUGCGGCUGGAGCGAAACGCCCGUCUCGGAGGGCCCGACGUCCUUGAUGCGUGUCGUGCAUCUAGCAACAGAUGUCGCGAAUCGUCCGCUUUGCUUAGGGAGCCUACAUACGCGGCCCGCUGCAUACGGAAGUCCCGUAUGUAGGCUCUCUAGCUUUGCUUGCGUACAGGACGUUCUCUUCCUCUUACGCCGAUGGAGUUCGCGCCCACGUGCGCUGUUAAUUGUGCGCUGUUAGCGUGCGCUGUGUAAUUUAUAGGUGAUUCCCGCAUGGGUGAUUCCGUCGGCGGCGUGCACGUAGUGUCCCUGUAGCAUGGACGUAUUAUUUCUGUAUACGCUCCCCUAUACGGGGAGUAGUAGACCGAAAACGUGGCACAAGGUAGUGCAAAAUGUAAGUCCAUUUGAUUCACCUGCACUUGGUGAACUAACUGUAAUUUCAGAAGCUGCGGCAUCUGUGUAUUCGGCAUGUCGCAAUGUGCAAGUUUGUGUAAGACGAGUUGACAGAAUUCGAUCCCUGCGCUUGCGGGAGAGUCAGUGCAGGGCUCGUUCAGGGAUGUGCCGGGCCGAUUCUGAACAGAACUGGCACUGAACUGCAGUGAACGAAGUGCAGGGCGAAUCGGAUAGCACUUGGGAUUCAGGGAGAUUGAGCAGUGAAGGCCGAGCUUGGGCAUUGUUUUCUGGAAGUUCGCGCCAAAGCGUGGCGCUGAAGGAGUCGCGUUACGUCCCAAUUUUCGUGCUCUGCCGGUGCAUUUGGGCCUCAUUUGCAUUAGGAAAGCGUACGAAAAGUGCCAGGUUGAGUUCGUUUUUAGUGCAAUGCCCUUGUUCUCUGUCUCUCUCUCGCUCUCUCGUUUUUUUGUUUUUUUUUGUUUAUUUUUACAAGCAACAAUCACUUAGCCUCUGCCAGACGUUGGUGAUACAACGAAAUCUUUUACUUCUUUUACUCAACAGGCAGCGAAUAAGUGGAGUCAGCCAGCGUUGCCGCAACCUGACUAGUGGUAGAAAGCUGAGGCCAAAUCGUAAAGCUUCUCGUUUUUGAGGACAUUGUAAUUGGCCGACGGCUGUCGCUAAUGUUAUUUGGCGCUAACGACUGGCCGCUGCCUGUUUUUACGAACAAACCUUUGCCGACUGCUUGCUAUUCCAGCUCCUAUCUGUCUAGCUUAAUUUAAUGCUUUCCUUUGGUAUCAGAUUAUGGAAUAGUAAACACUGUGAUCUUAACUUGAUCACAUGUGUGCCCCACUUUCUCCAUUCAUUCUGACUACUUUUCAUUCGCGGCACAGACACUACCCGGGCGGUUAUCUGAGGCUUGAGUGUAAACAAGAGAAAGCACCUAAGCAAACUCAAAUUUAUUCUUCGAUAGAAUAAGUUAAUAACUUGAUCAGUUUCUGAUAUCCUAUUGUAGUUACCUACCUGCGUACCCCUAAGAAACCUGCAUUAGCUUUCGCAGAAAUGCAUAUGUUACGCUUUUCUACACUUUUCUACGUUUUAUUACAAAGUGAUCUUAUGCGCAUGAAACAAAGAAUAACAGUAAAUUGAAAUGUCAUGAACUGCGCAGUGAGUUCUCGCCAGCCAAGUUCAUAUUAACAGCAUGAUUUGAUCCACAGGCAUAUGACAUAUUAUGCGAAUAAAAGUUAAGUUUUGUCGUUUGGACAACGUACAUGAUACUCGCAAGAAAAAGAACGUACAUAUCUUUAAAAAAAAUUGAUGCCGUAAUUUAACAUGAGAGUAUAAAUAAAAUAGUGUAUACAAGCAUCUCCUUGGGUCAGUGCUACUUAUUAUGCAUAAACAUCGUUCACAUAUGAUAUGCGACAAAAAAAGUAUCCGUGGUUGAGUCGAUCCUGCAACAGUAAUAAUUCUAUCCCGUGAAAAAGCUGUUGUGCACGCCCAUGCUGUCGUUUUCUUUUUUUUUUCGAGUGGCGUGUUAAAAGUGCCAGGAUCGCAAACUCGAAAGUGUUUGCUUGUGAACUAGCAUGCAAUAAAAUUGUACGACGGGAAGAACUCCUGCCAGGAAAAGAAGAGAAACGAAAUGGAAUUCAGAAUUAGAACUUUAGCAUGGACAUUCCGUGCUUUGAGAUAUCCCGUACAUGUGAAUGAGUACUCGAUCAUGUUCACUGAGAUUUAAAACGCACGAAUACUUACGUCAUGAAAUAUUCACUGGAGUCCAUUAGCAUCGUGUGGCACCCACGUGCACUAGAGAUCGUCAGCAACUUGAACUGCUGUGUAGCUGUCAUUAAAGAGUCAUAACCAGCUACAGUACGUGUACUGUGUUUUCUGCGACAAUACCUUGAAGGACAGUGCCGAGACAAUGGACUUUAUUUCUUUUGCAUAUUUCCCCCUCUGCCUGAAGCAUCAAAGUUGGUGAAAUCAGAAGGAAGAAGGGCGGGAUGAUGGGCAU